AUGUUUGAUGCUGUUUGUAUUUUAGAUUCUAAGCGCGAUCACUGCAAUAAAACUGUCGAGAUUUACGAAGACGUGUCUUCGCCCCCUGUUACGGCAGAGAAUUUUGGACGACCCCUCACUUGUACCUAUAGGUUUAGAGCGUUUCGAGGCUCACCAAAGGAUUGGAUUCUGCGAAUACGGUUCAAGAAGUUCAAAGUGGGAACUUUGAUCAAUGGAACCACGUGUCACAAAGGUUAUAUGCAGAUAGUUGACGGAAAUGCAAAGACAGACGUCUCAAACCGAAAGGAGCCGGGGCUCUUCUGCGGCGAGAUAGAGCAACCGCAAACUUUCAUAUCUGAGACUAACUUCGUGAAGAUCGUCUUUCAUGCAGAUAACUUCACAGAUCAGACGUACUUCAGUUUCGAUUCUAGAGCGGAGCAACAAUUUGAAGUGUAUCUGAGAUAUGGCCAGCAUCCAGAGUUGUAUCCAAACAGAAGAGGGGAAGUGGUAGCUGGAUCAUACUGCGAGCGAGUCUUCAGGGACUGUCGACUUCAGACGUGCUACGUUCAGUCGGCUGCGUACCCCGGGGUAUACCCAAGGAAUCUGCACUGCAGAUACCACCUCAAUACAAGGCUUCCUUAUAUAAAGCUAUAUAUUGAGAAUGAAGAGUUCAACAUAGACGGACAACGGUGUGAGAAUAUAAUGACCUGUCCUAUGAGACCCAUUACAUCAGGAUCAGAAAACUGUCCGUACGACUACAUACGGAUAUACGACGGAAAAGACGAGUCUGCUUCGGUCAUCGGCACUUUCUGUGGAAUGGGCAAAUUUCCCUACUCAAUUAUCGGGACAUCGCAAGACCUCUUUGUCGAGUUUGUCAGUUCGCCUGCAGGUCCACUUCUAAAUACGGGUUUCCACUUCAAUGUUGGCAACUGGCCCGGACACGUCGAAGCUCCAGGGUCAAAAAUUGGAAACUGCGACUGGCUUCUUACAGCUGAAUCUCUUAAAAGAUCUGGGGAUACUGAGGGUAUCUUUCUAUCUGUGGCCCAUUGGUACCCCCCACAUACAUCUUGCACCUACUUGAUGCAAGGGUUUCCUGGACAAGUUGUGAGGCUGUAUUUUCCAAGUUUUCGAAUCAACCGGAUUGAGUCACCAAUAGUGCCUUGGACGGGAGAUUGUGGGGAAUCCCUGACAUUAUAUGACGCUCCUCGGCCAGAUGAUGCGAAGAUAAUAAAGACAUUCUGUGACACAUUCAGCAGACCGAUGGAGAAACACGACUUCGUGUCUACUGGAAAUGCUAUGUUUGUCAGAUUUGAAAGUAAAACCGGCAGUUAUAGUGGAUCAUCCCUCUACUAUUGGGCGCAUUAUGAUUUCUUCAACAAUACUCGUUUCGGAGAACCAGUAAGUGGAACUGCCUGUGACGAGGUCAUUGCCUCCUGGAAGCAACGUGCGGGUAGACUGAGAUCGCCACUAAAUACUUUAGUAUAUAAGCAAGCACCCCCCGGGGAAGAUGUUCAUUGCUUGUACAAAUUCGUGACGGAUAAGAGGAUCUACGCUAGGGUUAUUUUGACAAUUCUUAGCGUGAACUUUAAGGAACAUCCAUACACUCCAGUAUCAUGCCAGAACUGUUAUGAAGACAGAGCCGACAAAUUAAUCAUCUGGGAACCGAAUCCCGGUGGCAGGCCCGGAAACCUCUCGCUUGGUGUAACAACAACCCCACUUCCUCUACAUCUAGCUGUUCAGCGAUCUAUCGGUUCCUGCCUAUGCGCAAAACAUGCAAAUACCGUAUCACGUUCUAGACCAUAUAGGGUCGUGUCUUCUGGAGAAUCUCUAAAUUUGCAGUUAAUUGUAGACAAUGCACAUGCUGCAGCAUCGUAUUUCAAGAAUCCGUCACCUCUUUUUGAAGCCAGGUAUGAAUUCGUGCAUGGACCUCUUUGUGGGCCAGCGGUUUUAGCAGCCGCGUCUGAUGGAGAAAUUGUUUAUCCACAUUUAGAGGCACUCGGUUACACAGAACCACCAAAAAGGAUACAAUGUAUUUGGGAUCUUGAGAUCGAAGAGAAAAGGGAUAUUUGGCUUCACUUCGAUAGCAUUAAAUUUGCAUCACGACACUGCGAUGAAGGGAACAUACAGAUAUUUUUACCAGGGCGAAUAGAACCGUACUUGUCAGUUUGCGGAGAGAAUGUGUCUCUAGCUCGGGAACUACCAAUACUGUCAGCUGGCGAGCUAGGUUUUGAAUCUUUAGAUGAUCCAUUGGUGAUUGAGAAGGAGAAAACUAGAUCCAUAAGAAUCUUAUUUAUCGGGAGUGCAUCGCCCGCACGCGCCACAUUUAAAAUAGCAUGGACUGGUUUAUAUCAUUUACCUAAGAAUUCCGACGGCACAUUGAUGACAUCGCGUUUAACCGACAGCGGUUCGGGUGCACCUGAAGGGCAUAACUGUGAUUUUAUAUGCCCCGGCGAGGAAGCUCUAUGUAUCCCAGCUAGACUCAUAUGUAAUGGAGUAGUUAAUUGUCCCAAUGUUACAAGCGGGGAAAGAAGAUUUUGGACAACAGAGGAAAAACGCGCUAGGGAAGCUUAUUCGGAGGAUAGCUUACGCAGGCUUGGUUAUUUGGACGUGUUAAACGGUUUACAGUUAGGCAAACUUCAUGACGAGGCCCCGGAAUUAUGUACUGGGGCUAGAAUGACAGGUGGAGGUGAUUGGAUGGCACCUGCAUUAGGAGCGGCACUCGCUGUAGCUAUAAGUGUUUGUGCGCUAGGAGCAGCUUGGCGGCUGUGUUGCCGCAAGCGAUCUCCUGAUGAGGAAUCAUUAGAUUACUGA